AUGAGUUUUGUUUUUCGAGGAGCAAGAGGUGAUAUAGAAAAUGGGUUUCCAGGAUUUAUGCCCGAGAGGCGUGCAUUGCGUGUUCAUGCUGCACGACCUAGUAAUUCCAACUCACUCACUUUUCUCGUAACAGUUCUCCUGUUAUUCAUGAUACUGAACUCCCACCAGAUGUCACCAAAUUUUCUGCUCUGGCUAGUGCUUGGUGUUUUUUUGAUGGCUACAAUGCUACGGAUGUAUGCAACAUGUCAACAGCUUCAAGCCCAGGCCCAAGCUCAUGCAGCAGCAGCCAGUGGCCUUCUUGGCCACACAGAACUACGGCUGCAUAUGCCUCCAUCGAUAGCACUUGCAAGCCGAGGGCGUCUGCAGGGUCUCAGACUUCAGCUGGCACUUCUUGAUCGGGAGUUUGAUGAUCUAGAUUAUGAAACUUUAAGAGCUCUGGAUUCGGAUAAUGUUUCUACUGCACCUUCUAUGACUGAAGAAGAGAUAAAUGCUCUUCCAGUUCACAAAUACAAGGUUUCUGUUCCCCAAAAAAGUAGUUCCUCAAUGCAACAAGCAUCACCAUCCACUGCUGCUGAGAAAACACAGGAUAAUUCAAAUGCGGUUGGGAACACAAAAGCCUCAGAUGAUGAUCUCACCUGCAGUGUAUGCUUGGAGCAGGUUAAUGUUGGAGAUGUACUUCGUAGCUUGCCCUGUCUGCAUCAGUUUCAUGCUAAUUGCAUUGAUCCUUGGUUGCGGCAACAAGGGACGUGCCCUGUUUGCAAAUUUCGAGCAGGAUUUGGGUGGAAUGACGGUGGACAUAAUGAUAUCGCCGACAUGGUUUGA